CUCCGGAGGCGAACUAGCCGUUCUCGGGCGCCGACCGAUAAAGCAUCGAGCCUUUCUCUCACUUUUCUUUCUCAACGCGCACCAUUGACUUGCUCGAGUUUUCUCCUGUCUCCCUCCUCGAGUCUCCUUGCCCAUCAUGAGGUUCGGCGAGCACCUCCGUUCCUCUAUGAUCAGAGAGUACGACCCUCAUUAUAUUGCAUAUGACGAGCUCAAGAAGGCACUCAAGACCGACUUUGUCACCGAACCCACUCCCGAUAAUGCGAAGCCCGACCGCCUCGAAUGGUCCGAAGACGACGAGAGGCACUUUGUGACCCUGCUGGAGAGUGAGCUGGAGAAGGUCUUCCUUUUCCAGAAGCGCAAGAGUGAGGAGAUCGUCGACCGCAUCAAGGCUAGCGAGUUCGACGUAUAUGACGUGGUCUCGCGUCUCGAAGACUCCAUCCGUCAAAGCGGCCGUUCGUCUCGGCCCACGCCCACCGAUGAGGACUUCUUGCUACUCGAGCAGGUGCUCAGUGACAUUAUUGCGGAUGUCCAUGAUCUUGCCAAGUUCACUCAAUUGAACUAUACGGGUUUCCAGAAGAUUAUCAAGAAGCAUGAUAAAGAGACAAAUUGGUUCCUGAGGCCUGUUUUCGCCGCUCGUCUUAACGCCAAGCCGUUUUUUAAGGAUAACUACGAUGCUUUCGUCGUGAAGCUCUCCAAGCUAUAUGAUCUGGUCCGGACCAAGGGUAACCCUGUUAAGGGUGAUUCAUCCGCCGGUGGCACCCAGCAGAAUUUCGUCCGCCAGACUACCAAGUACUGGGUACACCGCGACAACAUCACUGAGCUGAAGCUGGUCAUUCUCAAGCAUCUUCCUGUCCUGGUCUUCAACGCUAGCAAGGAGUUCGAGGAAAAGGAUACCGCUAUCUCCUCCAUCUACUAUGACAACACCGAUACCUGGGAGCUGUACCAGGGUCGACUGAAGAAGACCGAGGGUGCAGAGGCCAUUCGUCUCCGCUGGUACGGCGGUAUGGAGAGUGAUCAGAUCUUCGUGGAGCGAAAGACUCACCGCGAGGACUGGACUGGAGAAAAGUCCGUCAAGGCUCGCUUCUCGCUGAAAGAGAAGAACGUCAAUGCGUACCUCAAUGGCAGCAUGACCGUGGAGCAGAUUUUUGAAAAGAUGCGCAAGGAGGGCAAGAAGAGCCAGGCCGAGAUCGACGACCUGGAGCAGCUGGCCCGUGAGAUUCAGUACCGCGUUAUCACCCGCCGCCUGGUGCCCGUCACCCGCACUUUCUACCACCGAACCGCAUUCCAACUUCCUGGUGAUGCUCGUGUGCGUAUCUCACUGGACACGGAGUUGACUAUGAUUCGGGAGGACAACCUCGAUGGUCGGCGUCGCGCUGGUAACAACUGGCGCCGCAUGGACAUCGGUGUCGAUUUCCCAUUCUCCCAGUUGCCCCCGGAAGACAUUGAUCGAUUCCCCUACGCCGUGUUGGAGGUGAAGCUGCAGACCCAGGCUGGCCAGGAGCCGCCCCAGUGGAUCCGUGACUUGACUGCCAGUCACUUGGUCGAGGCUGUGCCCAAGUUCAGCAAGUUCAUCCACGGUACUGCCACGCUUUUCCCCAGCCGCAUCAACCUUCUCCCAUUCUGGUACCCCCAGAUGGACACCGAUAUCCGCAAGCCCGUCAACCGUCACUACGGCAUCCAACGGCCUUUGGCCAGCACAUCGAUUUCCGCGAACGAGGAGGACUCGGACGACGAUGACACACCAGAGUCCGAGCACGGUCCGCAGAACGGCUACUACUCGGAAUAUCAACAUGAUGGUGGUCUCUUCACAGAGACCAACGGCAAUGAGCUGGAUAUUGAGGAGCGCAUCGCCGCGCAGCCUCUGGCCGGUGAUGAGGACUACCCUCUGUACGAUUCCGACGACGAAACCUUCGGCUCUGACGAGCUUGAGGAAGCCCGUCGCGUCGGUGGUGCCUACUAUGCCGAACAGCUCGUCAAGUACUACGCGUACCGCACCGGGAAAGCAGUACUUAAUGGUCUCCUCGCCAUCGUCCCUCGCCCAACACCAACCUCCCUCCCACCCCCCGAACAGCGUGGAAUCGCUGUGCUGCAGGGUACCCAGCGCUCUCUUCGGCGAUUCCAGGCUCCUCCAGGAAAGCGAAUCUUCGUCCCAGUCCGCGUCGAACCCAAGGUCUACUUCGCUGCCGAGCGAACUUUUCUCUCUUGGCUUGAAUUCUCCAUCAUCCUCGGUGGUAUCGCCGCCACCCUCCUCAACUUCGGUGUCGACAGCGUCUCCCUCGCCUCGUCCUGGGCAUUCACCGUUCUCGCCGCCGGUGCCCUUGUCUACAGUCUGGUUCUGUACAUCUGGCGCGUAGAUAAGAUCCGCAAGCGCCGCGAUGUGAAGCGUGUGUACUAUGAAAAGUGGGGACCCACGGUCGUUAGCGUGGGUCUCGUUGUCGUUGUGCUGGUUAACUUUGGCCUGCGUGUGCGUGCUGGUGGCUUCAUGGCUGGAGAUGGGAAGCCUGGCCGUCAUGGUGAUGAGCUGUAGGUUUUCGGCUUGCAUAUAUUGAUGUAUGAUGGCCUCAGGGCACUUUGUACCUAUCGGCGUUUUGGUUGGUAGCCUGGGCGCUUGGAU